AUAAAAAAAAAAAAAAAAAAAAAAAAAAACCAACGAUAAAUUUUUUUCUAUCUUCUAUAUAUGUUUAUCACCUUCUCAACCCUAACCAAGCCGUAACCCUAGUCUCUCAAACCUCCAAGUUAUGGCGUCAACCCAAGGUGAUGAAAAUCAAGAUGGAAACGUAAGUAUUGAAUCUCUUUUAUCAUUCAUUAUAUGUUAUAUAUGUGUAACUCUUUCUAUUUUUUUCAUAGCAUCAUCUUUUUCAUUCUAUAUAUUGUUUUGAGUUUGGUGAUUGAAUAUAUGUCUCAACUUGUUUUCUCGAAUAGAAAAUUACCUGGUCAGACGAGAUGACUCGUUUGUUGUUAGAUUUGAUAACGCUAGAGAAACAAGCUGGAAAUUCCAGAGGCAAAAGUUUGAGUGAGAAAGGAAAAGAAAACGUUCUUACAGAAUUUAGAAAGGAAUUUCCACUAAACUUAAACUGGAACAAAAUUAAGAAUAGACUUGAUACUUUAAAGAGGCAAUAUGAACUGUAUCGUAAAAUCACGUUUGGAGCAACUGGACUCGGAGUUAAUCCAAGGACAGGAAGUCUUGAUGCCCCUGAUCAUUGGUGGAAAGAUAAAAUUAAGGCUUAUCCUGAAGCUUCGAGACUCCGGUCGCACCCACUGCGGUUUAUACCGCUUCUUCAUGUGGUCUUCCGAGAUGAAACGGUUGUGGUGGAGGAGUCAUGGCAACCAAGACGUGGUGUAAAUCGUCAUGCUCCAUUAGUUGACGUAAGUGAGACUGAACGUACAAACGAAGAAGACGAGAGAGAAGAUAUGAUGCGUGAGAACGAACCUCAUCAUAUGGAAACAGAAGACCCAGAUUGGAUGUCACAAAUUCCGAGGGAAAACUCUGCAAAUCCAAAUUCCGAGGCGGAACCAUCAUUUGCAUCCAAAGAGACAUCUUCUACGCACACUCAGGAGAAAAGAAGUCGAAACCGAAAGCGUAAACAAAAUCCAGUAGACUCGACGCUCGACCGUAUUGCUACUACUAUGGAAGACCGAAAUGAUAUUCUAGAGCAAAUGACAAAUGCAAAGUCAAAAUCUCAGUCAACAAAUUCAACUGAAGAACAAAUGGCUCUUGUUGUGAAACAUGUGAGGGCAGUACCGGAUCUGGUUCCGAUGUCGGAGCUUUAUUGGGCAUCUCUUGAUCUUAUUGCAACAAAUGAUGUUGUGCGCGGUUUAUUUCUUGCUCUCCCAGAUGACGAGAAGCUACCUUUUCUAAAGAGACAAACCAAGGAGUCUCGUAAUGAUUUUGCUUGAUGAUUAGCUUUGGUUUUGUUGAGUUAAUCUUUCAUGGAAUUUUUAUUUCUUGUUUGCAUUUUGUUUACGACAUUGAGGAUUGUCUUUGGUUUUGAUUUGACUUCAGUUUUUGUUGGCCUUUACAAUAUAAUAUUUUCUAUUCAUUUAUUAUGCAAGCGGAUGCUUUUUAAGAGUCAAAAUGUAACAAGAAUUUAAUUUGUUACAGGAAGGAAGUGACAUGGAGUUGAACACAGUCAGAGAAAUAAUAGAAGCAGAUGACCAAGUUAUUGAAGCAGUAAUCUGCAUUGAUCUUCUGGAUUAUUAUCAUAGUUAUAAAAAUAAUCCAGAAGAUCCACGGUAUCAAGCACAUGUUUUGCCAUUUGUCACAUUACUUGAUGCAAUAUUUGGUGAUAGACCAAAUGCAUAAAAUAAUAAACAUUUCACAAUGAAUUUUAUUUGUUUUUCUAA